AAAUAAUAUAUUUGUCGAAGAACCCCACGUCAUGUGACGAAAGCAAGCGCGGGCAUUUCGGAAGUGGCCAUCGAGACAGACUUCAAUAACAUCGAAAGGGCUCUGUUUUUUUAAGGUAUGGAUAUUAUUUACUAUAUACUGCUUUGUAAAAUAUAUAUCAUCGUCAGUUUUUCUGACUGUGAAAAAAUAUAUAUUGCUAUUCAUCUGUCAAACUGAAGGAUAAGGGAAUAUCUCUGAAGUGUGAGCCAAGUUGACAUAAGCAGCCAUGCUGGAUGGGGCUCAGUUUGUUGAGGCGUUGUCACGGUUGGGUUACCCACGGGCAUCUGUGCUGAAAGGUACCGAGUUCGACUGGUUAUUUGACACGGCACCAGAUUACCUGCACCUUUUACGUGUCGUCUGCAACCGCCUGAACCGCAGCAAUGUUCUAACGCCAGAAGAACUGCAAGCGUACAAGGCACUCCAGGAGUCCGGGAAGCCCAUAUUGGAUGAGGUGACACUGGCUGAGCUGCUUAAUACUUGUUUGCCUGUGGAUGGAGGUGUAGUGUCGCAGGGUUGUUCUGCGCUGUGUGGAGGGGGAAAUGUAACAAUCGAGGACCUCGAGACUGAACUUCAAGCUCUCUGCAAUGAGAAGCAGCUAAAACAACGCAGACUGAAUAAGCUGCAGAUGUUGGCUACCAACUGGAGUGCAAACUCCUCUGCAUCCCAAACACUGCUGCAGGAAGGAAGCUCUGCAGUAAAGGAUGCCAACUCUGCUUUGGCAACUGAAAACGCAUGCACCAACUCGGCUGUGGAGAACCUGUCAAAAGAGACCACCAAACUCGCUGGCUUUUUCCAAACUGACCCUAAUUACCUAAUAAGUAAAGAUGGAGCUGCUCCACCAUUAGUUGCUCAACCAGGGACCCCAGUGCUCCUCUCUCAGUUGUCUCUAGAGCCUUUCCUCCAGCAACAGGAGCAAUUCACCAAAGUGUUGACUGCCUACACUCAGCGUCAGUUCUUUCAGGGCAUCUCAAACAUGACAGAGACUUCCUCAUUCAAUCGCUGCCAGCUGACCAAUCUGAGCUGUUGCAGUGAGCAUGAGGAAGAAGAGGAUGAGGGACUAGUGGAGCUCAGGAAGAAGGAGAUGGCACAACUGCAGUGGGCAUACAUAGUGGCACAGUACCAGCUGGUGAAAGAGAGGGCAAAGGAGCAUGGCGACAAGGCAGCAAAGGAGUGGCUCGUCCAGCGACUAAACAGCAGCACAGAGUCUCUGUGCUACUUACAGGUGAGCAGGCUUGAGCCUGAUCUACGCACUGAGAUCCUCUCAAUUCAGUCUGAAAUUCAGUCCCUUAUGUUAGACCCAGUCCGCUCUGCUUUACGAGACUGUGCCUUCCUCCUUAAUAUCCCCGUGGUGCGUGGUGACCUCGCUUUUCAGUUAGCCAGGCAAAAUUACUACACCUCCAGGCAAACCAAAGUUUGUGACCAGCUUCUCCAUCAGAAGGCCUUCUUCGAACUUGUGCAUCUGGCCCAGGAUGCAGAGCUCCUUAUGGGGAAGAGGGUGAUGAAACAGCUUGAUGAAAUACUGAAGAGGCUGGAAGGGGAAGCAGAAGCUGCUGCUCAGAGAGAAACCAAUCUGACACAACCUCACUUAACUCAAGUGCCUUACCUGGGUUCUAAUGUUAAACAACAGGUCAUCAGCUCCAAGGAUACAGCCUUUAGCGGGUUGCUGCAGAUGCUUGAGUUAGGUAAGACCCCCACGGAGAGAGAGGAUCCAUUCCAAACCUAUGGUAGGCUGGAAACAGCAGCCUUUAAACUACAGCAGGAUUUGGUCACUGUACAAGAGGCUUUGGAUGGGGGCAGACGAGAGCAAGACUACACUGGAGCUCGGUUAGAAAGUGACCAAGAUGCGCUCGACCAAGUGGCAUACUCAGACAUUGUGCAGCCUCUUCUAAGGCCGCAGGUAUGUGCUAUAGCCACACCUGCUCUGGAGCUCUGCCCGCAUGCACAGGAGCUCACAAUAGUUCUAGAUGAGUUGGAGGUCAAGCAGAAGGCAUUGUACACAUCUCUUCAGGACAUAGUUGGGGACUUGAAUGCCAAACGACGGAGGCUUGAAUGCAGUGCCACCCUGAGGAGAGAGAGGGAACUGUAUGUUUAUUUCCAUCUGGACCCAAGACUGCUCAGUAGGGCAGUGAGAGAUGUAGAGGCUCAAGCAGGGGUUAUGUAGAAUCAGAAUGUACACAGAUCUCCUUAUCUGCUAAAAGUUAAUGUUCUUUAGAUAUGUAAAAUUUGUAUUUAGUACCUACUGUUUCUCAUCAUUUUGCAUUUGUAAUUUAACAAAAUUGCUGCUCCUUGUAUAAAUUAUGUUUUUUGGUUGAUUAACAGCUGUA